GGGGGCAAAGUAGGUGUAGAGGAAGCCAAGCCCACUGUACAUUUCCACCUCUUCAUGAUGACAUCCAAGAACAAAAAGAGGGACCUCUUCAUGGGUGAUGAGUACUGGAAUGAAUCAUCAAGGAAGGUGACACCAUUUGACUUUGAUGAUGACACUGACACCGAUACUUUCAUGACGAUGUUCAAAGAAAUGCAGGUGCAUGGUGAAUCAUCAGAAGAAGACAACAUCAUUGGAUGGGAUGGAAAGCCCAUAAGUGUGUCAGACUCCAUCGUCAGUGCUGCUGCUGCAGCCCGACAUCCCAACUCAGUCUCCGCGACAGUGCAGUCUGGUGGUGCAGUCUCGCCAGUCUCCAGUCCACUGGCCCGCUCUGCUACCCACCACUCAGCAGGGGACAGCCGCACCAUCUCAGAUGCGCUGAUCUCCGUUUCGGCGGCGCCGCAGGAUCCCGCUCAGCUGGCUGCCGAGGUGGCCUUCCUGCGCCGCCGGCUGGCAGAGGCGCGCGAGGUGGCGCCGCCGCCGGCCGACACGGCGCGCCGACUGGCGCUCGGCGAGCCGUGCACUCUGGAGCUGUACCGGCCGCUCGCCGAGAAACGCCAGCUGCUGGCAGAGACGGUGGCGCUCGGGGAUGGUGACGCCGUACUGGUGGUGGUGCUGUUCCUGAAGCGCACGCUCAAGCGUUCGCUGUUCGUGGCCGAGCUGCGCCGGCAGCCGGUGGCCUGUGAGCAGUACCUGGCCUACCUGAGGGCCCGGUUCAGUCACGCGGACGCGGCGGAUCUGCUGGCAAUGCUGGGUCGAGUGGAGGAAGCCGCCAUGGUGCGUUACGAGUCGGCGGUGCGUGUGCGCGGCGGCGUGGAGCCGCAGCUGCGCGGCCUGCGCCACUGCCUGCAGGCGCACCUGGCGCCCGACCCGGAGCUGGCGCUCCACACCGGUCUGGUGCGCCAGCAGAUCGACCUGCUCGAGCGCCAGCGGCCCGUCGAGGCGGCCGACGCGCCGGCGCGGCCCGACCUACAGCUGGUGGGUCGCUCGGUGCUGAGCACGCUGCACUACUGCUGUCUGCACCACUACAGCGAGCCGGCCAACCACCUGGCCAGCCCGGCGGCUCUGCGCGAGCGGCACCAGCUCACCGAGCGACAGUACACGUGGACCGCACUGCGCGCCCGCGCCUCGCUGCAGGCCUGGGCCGACGUGCAGGCACUCUUCACCAGCAAGACCUGGUUCAGCAGCGGCAAGCUGCGGCCCGUGGUGCCGUUCGAGGCGGCCGCAGAGGUCCUGGAGAGUUUCGGCGCCACGCUCGAAACACUCAGUCUCUACAUCGCCUCCAUCGACGGCACGGAGAAACGGCUCGAACACGCCAAAAAGUUCGGCUGCUACAAGAUCGUCGUCGAUGGGUACCUGUCGCAGAAGGACCGGGUGUCACUGGAGCAGUACCGCGCCACCCUCAAACCGCACUCGGAAGCCCACCAGUAUGCCUCGGACGCACUCAGAGCCACGACGGUUCGAUGGAAGAACUAGCCACUCAGAUGUUGCCCUACGCCAAACUGACGGCGGGAGGGACAGGACCGGUGCCGUUUGGGUGACUCCUAUACUAUCGUUAGUGGGUGGAUCACACUGACCAGUGAUACUGUGAUACCGUCCGUCUGAUGAGUGAUACAGUGAUACUAACUGAAAAACGCAUUACAUCAUUCCUGUAUUUGUUCAUGGGUAUUCCGGCGGUUUUGCAAUAUUAAUGAAAAUUGAUCUGAGGCCAGUUUUACCAACAGAAAAAUAGCCGCCUGCCGGAAUUUUUCGACUAAAGACCGCUUCACAUGCGGAGCGUAAACGGUAAAGCCCUAUUCACGUACGUGCCCAUCGCGUUUGUGAAACGGUCUGUAGUAAAAAAAAAAAUUCCGGCAGGCGGCUAUUUUUCUGUUGGUAAAACUAGCCUCAGUGAAAUUAAAUUAUGUGGUGGCUGUGGACUGUGGUAUAGACUUAUGCGUGUUGGUGAGGAGUGGGGACUUCUGAUUUAUGUUAUUUUCGUUACCUAUAUGCUUUGCACUGCCAUAUAUCACUUAUCAGCUCAGUUAUACAUAUUAUGGACAUGUUUAUCUUUUGCACGUUUCUGAUGUCUAGUUAUUGUUGUUCGCUCUCGGUAUUUUAUACGCGUUGUUACCGAGUGGGCUGGUUAUUCGUCAUUCUGAACAUCGAUGCAAUACGAUACAUUGCCUUUGAA